UUGUUGUUUUAUAGAAAAGAUGAUAUGCACGGCCACGGCAAAUGCUCUUGAAAAUUACAAGUGUGGUAUUUAUACCAUUUUAUUGGUUUCGAAUAUUUUAGUUAAUUCAUUGCGUAUGACCAAAAACUAGGAUGAUCAUACAAUCCCAUAUUUACCAUAAUUAUAUUUGUUGUAGCGGAACUAAAUGGUCCUAAUUGGAAUAAAUUGACCCUCCUCUCGUUCGGUUCGCCCUCUUCCUCGCUCCCCGAAGCCUAGAGCGAUCGCUUCCGAGACACCACGAUUUCCUUUCUAUUUUUAGUGAAAGUUUCGGGAAAGACCACGUUCUCCUUUCCGCCGUCUCUCCGCUGCCACCUCACUCUUCUCCCCUCCACCGCGGCCAAAUCUCAUGAGAUGAUGAAACCCCCGUCGCCGUCUCCAAUGGUGAGAGCCCUCCUCCCCUCCCCCCACUUUGCCCUCCUCCUCAAGAUUCCAAACCCUUCUCUCCUCUCCUCCCUCUUCUCCUCCCUCGCCCACUCCCCGGAGCCUAACCCCUCCCUUCUCGUCGCCGAGGCGCACCGGAUCCUCGCCGGCCCCCGGUGGCGCGAUAGCCCCGAGCUCGCCCGCCUCGGCCCCGCCGACGUCGCCAAGGUCCUCCGCUCCCACCGCAACCCCCGCCGAGCCCUCCACUUCUUCCGCUGGUUCUCUCAGAGGCAUUCCCACAAAUGCAGCAUCGACUGCUUCUUCGCGCUCCUUGACCGCCUCGUCGCCGCCCGCAUGUUCUUGCCCGCCAACCGCGUCUCCGUCCAGAUGGUCAGAUCGUGCCAAAGCAAAGAAGAGAUGAUCCAGGCGAUCGAUUUCUUCAACGGUAAACGAUUCAGAUUCGAUCUUUUUGGUUACAACGCGCUCUUGAUCCAGCUGGGCAAGCUCGACAUGGUCGGCGUCGCUCUGAAUCUGUAUCACCAGAUGCUGGGCAGCGGUGUGGAGCCGAAUUUGUUGACUUUCAAUACUGUGAUCAAUAUCUUGUGCAAGAAUGGGAAGGUCAAGGAGGCGGGUUUGAUUUUGAGUAGGAUUUUACAGUGUGAUCUGAAGCCUGAUACAUUUACUUUUACGUCAUUAAUUCUAGGUCAUUGCAGGAGUCAAGACCUCGAUUCGGCCUUUGGAGUGUUUGAUUUGAUGGUUAAGGAAGGAUGCGAGCCAAACUCGGCGACAUACUCCACUCUGAUUAAUGGGUUGUGCAAUGAGGGAGGUUGGACGAGGCUCUGGGAUUCCAACAGUGCAUACUACACCAUCCCAAUUGUGGAGCUUUGCAGCUGUGGGCGCAUGAGUGAGGCCUGUAAUUUGGUUGUUGACAUGAAGAAGAGGGGAUGCCUGCUGAAUGUUCAGACAUACACUGCGCUAAUCAGCGGGCUAUGUCGAUUGAAUGGGCUUGAGAUGGCAGUCGGGUUGUUUCACAAGAUGGCGAGGGAUGGUUUGGCAGCAAAUACGGUGACCCAUAAUGCAUUGAUUAAUGGUUUGUGGGAUGCGGGAAGAAUUGGAGACGCUCUAAAGGUUUUCGAGAUGAUGGAGAGACAUGGUUGCCUGCCAAAUUCACAAACUUUCAAUGAGAUGAUAAGGGGCUUCUGUUUGAUAGGUAGAGUGGAGAAGGCAAUGAUUCUCUUCCAUAGGAUGCUAACAGUAGGUCCUUCACCAAACCAGGUGACAUAUAAUACAAUCAUAGAUGGGUAUUGCAAAAUUGGUAAUCUUAACAAUGCUAUUAGGAUGCUGGAUCAUAUGAAAGAGAAUGGGCAUGAGCCUGAUGAAUGGACUUACACUGAACUUGUUAAUGGGUUUUGCAAAGGGGGAAAACUGGAUAUGGCACACAAAACAUUUGAAGAAAUGCUGGAGUGUGGCUUGAGCCCAAACGAGGUUUCAUACACUGCAUUAAUAGAUGGGUACUGCAAGGAUGGGAAGCUUGAUAAUGCAUUGGCCUUAUUAAAUAGGAUGGAGAAAAGUAGUUGCAAACCAAAUGUGCGUACUUAUAAUGCAAUAAUUAAUGGCUUUUCCAGGAAAAAUCAGCUUUCAGAAGCAGAGAAACUAUUUAGCGAGAUGGUCGAGCAAGGUUUGUUGCCCAAUGUUGUCACUUACACAGCAUUGAUUGAUGGGUUGUGUAAGAAUGGUGCCACAUUGCUUGCGCUGAAGAUCAUGGAUGAAAUGUUGAAGAGAAACUGCUCGCCCAAUCUCCACACCUAUAGUGCUCUUAUUUGUGGGUGUGCCAAGAAGCAAGGCUGAGGAGGCUGGGGAAGAUGUUCCUGGAAAUGGAAGAGAAAGGGUUAGUUCCUGAUCAGGUCACUUAUACUUCUAUGCUUGAUGUUAUUUAUGUUAGGUAGGAUGGAUCUUGCCUUUUCACUUCUGAGAAGGAUGGUGGUGCUGGAUUAAGCCCAACUAUCGGACUUAUCGUUUCUGAUGAAAGGAUUGCAGAAGGAGCACCAGGUGAUGGGACAGAAACUGCAGCUUUGCCGGAUGCGGUCUCUAGUUGUAGCAUGGAUAAAAAUGCUACAGAAUUUUGAGAUUAUAUCCUGUCUAUUGAUAAAAUUAUCAGAAUAUGGAUGUGAGCUAAAUAUUGACAUCUAUAGAACUCUGGUGUGUGGAUUAUGCAGAGAAGGAAGGUGGUUCGAGGCAUAUCAAUUAGCUAAAGGUAUGAGCGACCAAGGAUUAUCUCCAGAUGAAGAGAUAUAUAAUUCUUUAGUACUUGUAAUUCAAAUUAUUUCAAAGUAGAUCUUGCUUUAGAAACUUUGAAAACAAUGACUGCACAAGGCUUCGAGCCUCAUCUAACCGGUUACAGGGCACUGAUAUGUGCUUCUGCAAAAUUGAUAAGAUGGGAGGCCCAAAAUAUUUUGAAAACAUGCUUCUGCAGCACUGGAAUCCUGAUGAGAUCGUAUGGACCAUCCUCAUUGAUGGGUUAUUGAAGGAUGGAAAGCCAGAUCUGUGCAUGAAAUUUCUUCAUAUCAUGGAAGCCAAGAAUUAUAAACCAACUUUCCAAACUUAUGUUAUCCUGGCAAGAGAAGUGUCCAAAGAGAGAAAUGCAUCGAGAUGGGUUUAAUUGGUGAUGUACCAAUGAUCUGAGGAUUAUUUCCUAGCUUUUGAUUUCCUCUGUUAAAUGCUGAGGCAUUGGAAAUAUGGAGGAAUCAAGAGAUGUGCAUCUGCUAAGGGAUGGAAGACCACGAUUGCUGAGCCAACUUGUCAUCAAUGUCAGUCACGCUCUUUCUUUAUUAAGGAAGCAUACAUUUUUUUCCAGCUGCAAUCAGUUCAGAUUUUUAACGUGUACUAACUGAUACGAACGAGCUAUUACCUAUUUGGUCUUGAAAUGCUUGAACAAGGGAAGCAGGAGUGAACUUUCAGUUUAUUUACCACAAAAUUAACAUUUCAAGGAUUAAAUUGAUGCAGCCUACGAAGGUAUAAACAGGAGCAGCUUCAGCCUUUUUUGUAAUUGAGAUAGACAUUUGACCAAUUGUUGAUGAAAGCACAUUCUCUUUGGAUAAACAAGACCCCAAAGGGCCUACACAAUGAAGCAAAUAAGAAGUCUGACAGGCAUAUACGAAACAAUAGAAAGCAGCCAAGGGUAGUUAGUUGUACUCAAAAGUAGAUUAGUAGGCUAAUGAGCAACCUAGUUGACAUUAUGGUAUCAUCUUUUUUCCUUUUUCUUUUUAUUUCAUUUUUGAUAGUUGAGAGUGAUAUCAUAUAUCCCAUUAAUUGUAAUUUGGUUUUCAUUUUCUAUCAUUUAAUUAUUACUUUGAGAUAUGAUCAAGUUUUAAUAUAAUACAUAUAAAAAUUAUUUCAA